UAAUCAAAGUUUCUUUGGCAACUUAAAAAAAAAUCUUUAAUCCUGAGAGUUAUUACAUAAGAUGAGAAAAAUCAUGACUCGCUGGCUUAGGGUUUGUGAGUACUAAGGAGGGGUAGACCAAGGGGAGACUAAAUCAUAGAGGGAUCUAGUUUACGGCUCGUUCAUUCAUUUCUCUUUUCGCCAAUUUUAUUGUGCUUUCCCUCUAUACAUCUUUUUUUUUUCUUGUACAACUUAUUCCUUUGUUCAUAUCACAGAUAUUCUUGGUCGGCUUUUUUAAUUAGGCCUCCACAGAUCUAUGUUCUUUUGAAGCGAAUCUUGUCAAAUUUAGGAAAGGCUUUGUGAGGUUUCUGUAUUUUCCCAGAUUUUUUGGGAAGUUAUAUCACCUUGACUUUUUAGUUCAUAGCUAAUCUACUCUUUAUAUUCAAGAAGAUGGUGAGAGGAAAGAUCGAGAUCAAAAGAAUCGAGAACGUGACGAGCAGACAAGUCACGUUCUCCAAGCGUAGGAAAGGUCUCUUGAAGAAAGCUCACGAGCUUUCAGUUCUAUGCGAUGCUCAAGUCGCAGCCAUUGUAUUUUCUCAAAAAGGAAGAUUAUAUGAUUUCGCAAGCUCCGACAUGCAGAAGAUGAUGGAGAGAUAUGAUAUACAUAGGAGCGAGUAUUUUGGGGCAGAGAGACUACAAAAACAGCAAUUUGUGCAGGAGGUCAAGAACGAAAUGGCGAAAACGUUAGACCAGAUUGAACUUCUUCAACUUCAUUGCCGGAAACUGAUGGGGCAAGAUUUGGAUUCGUGUUCAGUGGAGGAACUCAAGGAGAUAACUAUCAAACUUGAGAAAAGCCUCACUAUUGUAAGAUCAAGAAAGCAGGCUAAGUUAAAUGAAGAUACGAUAGAGAAACUAAAAGCAGAGAUUUCAGGAGAGAAAGAAGUCUUGAACGAGACAAGUAGUCUACGACAAAUGGAAUACAUGUUAUCAUUUCAGUUUGAAGAACCGACCUUGUGGAUGCACUCGAGGAGUCUAGAGAGUGAGAUGAGUGGACCAUCAUGUGGUUAUGGAAACAUGAACAUAUCGGAUGUCAAAACUGAGUUGUCCAUCGGAUUGCCUGAGAGUCGUGAGUGAGUGAGUGCACCUUUCGAAAGUUUUUUUUUUUUUUUUGUCAAGUCACCUUUCGAAAGUCUAGUGUGAUGAUUUAUUCGUGUACCUUAAUCAACUUGUUCUUGUUUUCAUAUU